AUGGCGUUCACCAUGAAGUCCGUCGCUCCUUCCACCAGGUUCUUGAGUCCGAGGCCCGUCGCUUUGACAGCCAGAUCGAGCAGGGGCCUAGUCGGCAGAUCGCAGCUGGUGAUCGAGGCUAAGACCGUCUGGCAGCUCGCACCAAAGUCUGGCAAGACUUUGGAGGCGCUCAACCUCACAGAUGACAUCAACACACAGAAAAGCUUCGUAUCCGUGGGGGACAAAAAACACCAGGAUGCAGAGCAGAUUUUCAGCGAUGAGCAAGGAGUCUACGUCAAAUUCGAGUCCAAGGGUGCUAGCGCCUCCGAUGAUUCUCAAGCGAACCUUUACCUCACGGACCUGGGCAGUGAGACGUCUGUGACAGUGGAUGGCAAGGAGGUAAGCAAGGACCAGGAGGUCAAGCUUAGAGUCGGUAGCGAGAUCAGCUUUGGCUCCAGCACUGUGUACAAGGUGCUUCGCGACGAAAGGGCUCAUGCUUGA